AUGGGAGGUAAGUGUAGUCAAUGUGAUUGUAAAUUUGGGAGAAACAUGGUUUAGGAAAAGGAAAUAGUGUUAGAUAAUAAAGGAACUAAAAAUAGCAAGAGUCACUCAAGAAAUUCGAUUGCAAGCAAUUAAGCUAAUAUAAAUGCAGAUUUAUUAUGUUUAGAAUAGCAAAGUAAAAGAAAUGAGAAAUAAUCAUAAAGCUCUAAAGAGCGAAAUAAAUUUAAUGAAUAUUAAAAUUAGCACGAUAAAAUUCUCAAGGCUGCAAUUAAAAUUUAAUGUAGAUAUCGAGGAUAUUAAGUUAGAAAAAAACAUAGACUAUAAUCGAUCAAAAUGGUAUUGAAAAAUCCAAAUAGAGGGGCCAAUAAGAAUUACAUGAAGGAGAAUUUUGAGGUAAUCAACAUUCCAUCUAAAAUCAAUGAUGAGUCAUUGGAUAUGAGAGGUCCCUAUCAGUUCAAGAGUGGAGCAAUCUAUUAGGGUUAAUGGAGAGGCAACUGCAGAGAAGGAAUAGGGACACAAACAUGGACUGAUGGAGCAAAAUAUGUUGGGGAAUGGAAGAAUAAUAGAGCAUGCGGCAAAGGAAUAUUUUAUCAUGUAGAUGGUGACAUCUAUGAAGGAGAGUGGGAUCAGGAUAAAGCAAAUGGGAAGGGAGUCUAUAAGCAUUCUAAUGGGUCAAGGUAUGAGGGAGAAUGGAGAGAUGACUUUUAGCAUGGCAUUGGCAUGGAAAUUUGGAACGAUGGAUCUAAAUAUACAGGACAAUAUUUUUAAGGGAUUAAGUAGGGAUCAGGGAGGUAUGAAUGGCCAGAUGGUUCUUAUUUUGAUGGAGAGUGGCAGAAUAAUAAAAUAAAUGGAUAGGGGUGUUAUUUUUGGUCUGAUGGAAGAGGGUAUGUUGGUUAAUGGAAGAAUAAUUGUAUGCAUGGAUAUGGAGUGUAUAAAUGGAAAGAUGGCAGAAAAUAUGAAGGAGUAUAUAAAAAUGAUAAAAAAGAUGGUCAAGGAGUUUAUCAGUGGGCUGAUGGGAGGAGAUAUGAUGGGAUGUGGAAAGACGGUAAGUAGGAUGGAGAGGGGGUGUUUAUAUUUGUUGAUAACACUAAGAAGAGAGGAAUAUGGAAGGAAGGGAAGAGAUUAAAGUGGUUGGAGAAUGAGACUUGA